CACGCCAGAUACAAUCUUGAUCUUCUCGAGCCAGCUGCACAGGACACACACACGAAAAUUCCUAAAUUGACAUCAGCACCAGUAAAUCAGAAUUAGGGCGCGAAAUGGCAAAAAUCACCCUGCAGGUAACCGUCUGCGCGUUUUUGGCAUCCGCUGUUUUCGGACAGCCGAUAAGUCCGCAGGAUGUUGAAGGACUCCUGCCGCAGACACCGAGGACUAAGAAUGAGACGGUCGCAGCUAUCGUCCAGGAUCCCGUCGUGAAGGACGCCGUGCAGUCGGUUGUCGGUGACGGAACGCUUUCCGGUCUCGUCGUCAAGACGGACACCGUCAUCCUGCCCGCCAGGACUCCGGACGUGGUUUUAUCUUACAAACAGCAGGUACUUACGGCCCCGCUUUCCGACCUCGAAAACAUCCGGAAGAACAUCACGGAAGCCGCAACUCUCAAGGCCGAGAAGGAAAAAACCGAGGACACAGAUGUCGAUGAGCUUGGAGUUGUCCAAGUCGUUCCCAUCGGUGAUCAAGAGCUCGCUGAUCCUCCGAUAGUUCGCCGCAGCAUCCCGGAACCGGAAAAGCAGGAAUCGACUGCCUCUUCUCAGACAAAGACCGAAGUCCAGAAGUUGGAGAUUUCCGGCAUCAAGGAGAGCGAGAUCAAACUUCCCGAGGGAGUUUUUCCGGAGAAUAUAAGCCUGCCGGAGGUAGUAGAGGAUAAAAUAUCGGCCCCAGUUGUUGCGGUUGUGAAAGAAAAAAUUUUACCUGGUUCUCAAAAAUCCGUGCUUGCUCUUUCCUUGGCAGCGCCGACGGAAUUGAAGAUAAAAAACUCCGACACAACCGCUUCGGAGAAGAAGGAUAUUCCGAAAUAUGGAUCAAGGAUUCCAGUCACUGUAAUCCUGCCCGAGAAACCGGAUAAUCCGGCGAAUGAAAUCGAGGCGAGGAGCCAAGGGCCGAAGGAACUUUUAGCGAUUUUCACAGCAUCAGCAGACGAAAGUUCGCUUUAUCAGAACGAUUCGGGGGAUAUGGCCGUGGCCGAGGACAUUAUCUUCAGGCCUCUUUUCCGUUAUCGCCAUCAGCAGAACGACCGCACCAGAGUUUUGGAGAAUAGAGCGUAUUACCAGAAAACUCCGUUGUACCGACGAUACAGACCUUCGUACGAUUCGACCGGGGAUUAUGGGGCGCCCUAUAAAUCCUAUGGGAGACGCCAGAGACCCAGAUAUUAUGACGAUUAUUGAUAAGUUCGAGUAUCACGCAGUUUGGAGGAAAAAGAAGCGACAAAAUUCGAUUUAAGCAA